GGCAGCCAAUCUCAGCGUGUGUAAGGGCUCAGACUCCUUGCUGGACAUCUGAGCCCUAGACCAAGGACCCAGCUGGAGAUAGGCUGCUUGGGAAACUCUGAUGUCCAGGUUCCAGAGGAACGGGAUGAGCUGAGAUGGAAGAUCUAUCCUCUCCAGAGUCUACUGUUCUCCAAGGAAGACCUACUCUACUCCCAUCAGCCAGUUUUCAGGAAUCAGUGACCUUCAAGGAUGUGACAGUGGACUUUACCCAGGAAGAAUGGAAACAGCUGGAUCCUGUACAGAGAGAUUUGUUCAGGGAUGUGACAUUAGAAAAUUAUACACACCUGGUCUCUAUAGGACUCCAAGUUUCCAAACCUGAUGUGAUUUCCCAGUUAGAGCAAGGGACAGAGCCAUGGAUCAUGGAUCCCAGCAUUCCAGUAGAGUGGGAGACAAGACCAGAAAAUAACAUAUCAGUCCCAAAGCUGGACAUUUCUGAGGAACAGCCAUCUCAAGAGGCAGUAUUGGGAGAACGCAAAAAGGAUGAUCCGUGCAGUUCCAACUUCUUAGAAAGUUGGGAAUCUGAAAGCAGUGUAGAGAGGCAGCAGGCAAACCAACAGCCACUGCUAAGAGAAAUAAAAAUAACUGAAAAGACAAUACCCACUUGGGAGAGAGGCCCUAUAAAUAAUGACUUUGAAAAAAGCAUCAAUGUGGGUUUAAACCUUGUAACACAACAAGAAAUAUCUCCAGAAGAGACCUCUGCUAAAACAAGUGUCAAACAGAAUUCAAACCCAGUUAAAAAAGAGAAAUCUUGUAAGUGCAAUGAGUGUGGGAAAGCUUUUAGUUAUUGUUCAGCUCUUAUUCGCCAUCAGAGAACACAUACUGGAGAAAAACCCUACAAAUGUAAUGAAUGUGAAAAAGCCUUUAGCCGGAGUGAAAACCUUAUAAACCAUCAAAGAAUUCAUACUGGAGAUAAACCGUAUAAAUGUGAUCAGUGUGGAAAAGGCUUCAUUGAGGGUCCAUCUCUUACUCAACAUCAAAGAAUUCAUACUGGAGAAAAACCCUAUAAAUGUGAUGAAUGUGGGAAAGCCUUUAGUCAGAGGACCCAUCUUGUUCAGCAUCAAAGAAUUCAUACUGGUGAGAAACCAUAUACUUGUAAUGAGUGUGGAAAAGCCUUUAGCCAGAGAGGCCACUUUAUGGAACAUCAGAAAAUUCAUACAGGAGAAAAACCUUUUAAAUGUGAUGAAUGUGAUAAAACCUUUACCAGGAGCACACACCUUACUCAACAUCAAAAAAUUCAUACUGGAGAGAAAACCUAUAAAUGUAAUGAAUGUGGGAAGGCCUUCAAUGGGCCCUCAACAUUUAUCCGUCAUCAUAUGAUUCAUACUGGUGAAAAGCCAUAUGAAUGCAAUGAAUGUGGGAAAGCCUUUAGUCAGCACUCAAACCUCACUCAGCAUCAGAAAACACAUACUGGGGAGAAACCUUAUGAUUGUGCUGAAUGUGGAAAAUCCUUUAGUUACUGGUCAUCCCUUGCUCAACAUCUGAAAAUUCACACUGGAGAAAAACCGUACAAAUGCAAUGAAUGUGGAAAGGCCUUCAGUUACUGCUCAUCCCUUACUCAGCAUCGGAGAAUUCACACCAGAGAAAAACCCUUUGAAUGCAGUGAAUGUGGAAAGGCUUUCAGUUAUCUCUCAAACCUUAAUCAACAUCAGAAGACUCAUACCCAAGAGAAAGCCUAUGAAUGUAAGGAAUGUGGGAAAGCCUUUAUUCGGAGUUCAUCUCUUGCCAAACACGAAAGAAUUCAUACUGGUGAGAAACCCUAUCAGUGUCACGAAUGUGGGAAAACUUUCAGUUAUGGCUCAUCCCUUAUUCAGCAUAGAAAAAUACAUACUGGAGAAAGACCUUACAAGUGUAAUGAAUGUGGGAGAGCCUUCAACCAGAACAUACACCUUACGCAACAUAAGAGAAUACACACAGGAGCAAAGCCUUAUGAGUGUGCUGAGUGUGGCAAAGCCUUUCGACAUUGUUCAUCUCUUGCACAACAUCAAAAAACUCACACAGAAGAAAAACCCUACCAGUGUAAUAAAUGUGAAAAGUCUUUCAGCCAGAGUUCCCAUCUGACUCAGCAUCAACGAAUUCACACCGGAGAGAAGCCCUAUAAGUGCAAUGAAUGUGACAAAGCCUUUAGCCGGAGCACUCAUCUGACUGAACAUCAGAAUACUCACACUGGGGAGAAACCUUAUAACUGUAAUGAGUGCAGGAAGACUUUCAGCCAGAGCACUUACCUUAUUCAGCAUCAGAGAAUUCAUUCAGGAGAGAAACCUUUUGGAUGUAAUGAUUGUGGAAAAGCCUUCAGAUAUCGUUCUGCUCUCAAUAAACAUCAGAGACUGCACCCUGGCAUAUGACUAUUCUAGGAACAUCAUAAUGUAGGGGAUACAUUUACUUUAGUUUGUCCUUUUGUAAGUCCUGAGAAUCAGAUUGGAUUGAGAAACUGUUAAAAUAUUUUGACUUUUCCCUGUCACACUAUGGAAUGGAAAGUACAUUGGGCUGAAGUAAUCCAGUUAUGUUGUUGAGCAACUUUGUGACAUUGGAAAAUUCAACUGUUUUAAGCUUCAGUUUCCUUUGUGAAAUGAGGGAUUUGGAGUAGAUGAUUUCAAAGGUCAUUUGGAGUUUUAUAUUCAGUUUUGUAUAUUCACAAUAUAUUUUUGAAUAGGAUUAUUAUCCAUGAGCAUUUUGCUGUGUUGCAUCUAGAAUGUGUAUAUUUAUGCAUGUUUUGCCAAUAGAAAGCAUUUGUGCUUCAGUAACUAGACUGGGGAUCUAUUAUGCUCCUAUUCUAAUGCAUUUGUUUAAGUAACUGGUUCCUAAUAAAAAGAAUUAUAAAGUACCCUCAAAUUA